GGCCCCCGGCGGCGGAGGCAAAAUGGCGGCGGUGGUCCAGAACGUGGUGAAGCUGCUCGGCGAGCAGUACUACCGCGAUGCCAUGGAGCAGUGCCACAACUACAACGCGCGGCUCUGCGCCGAGCGCAGCGUGCGCCUGCCCUUCCUCGACUCACAGACUGGCGUGGCGCAGAGCAACUGCUACAUCUGGAUGGAGAAGCGCCACCGAGGGCCGGGUUUAGCCGCCGGGCAGCUCUACUCCUACCCCGCGCGCCGCUGGAGGAAGAAACGCCGCGCUCAUCCUCCCGAGGACCCCAGGCUCUCCUUCCCCUCCAUCAAACCAGGUAAAGCCUUUUUCUGCAGCUUUCUGC